AUGGGUCUUGCCAGGAUUUGCCUCCACUAGAGCAAUGAGGUGCUCUGCUGGAGUCAGUGUUUUCAGGGAAGGAGGCAACUGGAUUUCUUUUCAUAGAAAUAAAUAAGCUUUGCCCAGUAAGUAGAACAGCACUGGUGAAGCUGUGGUCUGAGAGCAGAAAUUGUAGGUAGUGAAAGAGAUUGCAAAGAUCACCUCUCCUGCUUUCAAAGAGCACCGCUUCUGUCCCUCCCUCAGGUGAAUGAUACAAGUUCCCUGCUUCCUUCCUGCAGAGAAAGACAUCUGUGGUGGGAAUGAGGGUUCUACAUGAUCCAGAUGAGAUGAGGGAUUUUGCUGUUGCUGAUAAAAACAAAGGUUUUUUCCUGCCUCAAGGGGCAGAACAACUCUUCUGUGCCAAAGAACAGCAGUCUUCUUGUCCCCAGCAAGCACUGGGACUCUGCUGAGCUCCUCAGGAAGCCUUUGCCCUCUUUCACUUCCAGUGUGAUUCUGGCUCUAGCACAAGGGACUCUGUACCAGCCCUGACUGAGCACGUGUUUUCUCAUUGCAGCGGUGUGCCGUCCCCUGCCAGUCACGUUCCACCGAGCCUUCGAUAUGGUACAUGACCCUCUGGUGGCACUGGAGACCCUGAUUUCCCUGGGGUUUGAGCGAGUGUUGACAAGUGGCUGCGACAGCUCAGCCCUGGAAGGAUUGUCCUUAAUUAAGAGGCUUGCAGAACAGGCGAAGGGCAGGAUUGUGGUGGUGCCAGGGGGUGGCAUCACCGAGCGCAACUUGCAGAGGAUUCUGGAAGGCUCCACUGCUUCAGAGUUCCACUGCUCUGCUCGCUCAGCUCGGGACUCAGGGAUGAAGUUCAGAAACCCGAACGUUGCCAUGGGAGCAUCCUUCUCUGCCCCUGAAUACUCCAUCAAGGUGGCGGAUGUGGCCAAAGUGAGGACCCUGAAUGCCAUCGCAAAGAACAUCCUGUAGUGGGAGGCACCUAGCCGGGACAAGAGUGCUGGGGCUGUGGGGGCUUCCCUGCCGUGGGGCACGCAGGCACUGCUUCCAUCCUCCAGCUCCAGAGGAUGGCAAUGAGCUGUUGCAGCCUGACAUCUUCCCUUGGCUUGCCCUGAGUGAGCAGUCCCCAGCCUGGAAGCCUAAUGUUGGCUAUUUUAAAUAAAAGGACUCGUUCCCA